CUUGAUAUUGCUGCUCCUUAAAUUUCCUUCAGUUUAUUACUUUCAUGGCGCCAUACAAAGCAGUGAAGGUGCUCGAGCAAUGCCAAGUCGCUCCACCGCCGGGUUCUGUUCCUUCAGGGCUCACCCAUAUCCCUCUCACCUUCUUCGAUCAACUCUGGUUACCAUUACCACCUCCCCAAAUCCUUUUCUUCUAUGACUACCCUUACCCAACAACUCACUUCACCCAAUUUCUCCUUCCCCAUAUCAAACUCUCACUCUCUUCCACUCUUAUCCACUUUUACCCUCUUGCAGGCAAACUCUCAUGGCCUCAUGAUUCCUACAGACCCAUAAUCCGUUUUAUCUCCGGCGACUCAUUAUCAUUAACUAUAGCCGAGUCCGACGCCGAUUUCAACUCUCUCUCCGGCGACCAUGCAAGACAUGCAAAUGAAUCCCACCCCCUUGUCCCUCACUUGCCAUCAUCUGGACCAGUUGUUCCAUUGCUAGCAAUACAAGUCACUCUAUUCCCAAAUUCAGGUUUCUCAAUUGGAACCACAACUAAUCAUUCCUUCAUUGAUGGCAGAGCAUAUGCCCACUUUAUGCUCACAUGGGCUUUGAUUUCCAAGUUAGGAGAUCCAAAUCAGCCACUUCCAUUCUUGGACAGGACUGUAAUCAAGGACCCUAAUGGCAUUGAGAAGGAGUACUUGAACGAGUUAGACCGAUUUAUUGGGUCAGAAUCGGUGUCUGGAAAUAGAUGCUUAAGAGUGAUGGACAUCAAGCUCCAACCGGACAUGUUUCGAGCUACGUUUGAGCUGAAUCCAAACAACCUUAAGACACUUAAGGAUUGGAUUCAUGUAUCCACAUACAUGGCAACUUGCGCUUUCGUUUGGGUUUGCGUGCUUAAAGCAGAAGCCGCAGCGGCAAUUGACGAGUCUAUGCCUAACAACAACAUGACUCAUUCCAAUCGGACUCAGUUUGUGAUGAAUGUAGAUUGCAGGGGUAGGGUGGAGCCUCAAAUCCCAGCAACAUACUUUGGAAAUUGUAUAAGGCCUUUUGUGGUUAUUGGAGAGAGAAGUGAUUUGUUAAGAGAAGAUGGAAUUGUUGUGGCAACACAGUUGAUAGAAGAGGCGAUUAGGGAAUUAGACAAAGGAGUUUUGAGAGGUCUAGAGAAUGGAAUUUCAGACUUGUUAAGGGUGGAGACAGGGCGAGUUAUUGCAGCAGCUGGGUCACCAAGGUUUGGACUUUAUAGGUUGGAUUUUGGGUGGGGAAAGCCAAAGAAGAUGGAAUUUGUAUCAAAUGACAUAACGGGAUCUAUAUUUAUGAAAGAGAGUCGUAAUUUAGAUGGUGGAGUUGAGAUUGAUUUGGCUCUCAAUAAGAAGGAAAUGGAUGUCUUUGCUUCAGUGGUUGUCAAUGAGUUGAAGGGCCUUAAGGCUCUUUGAUUGAUAUAUCUAAAGUUCCAUUUUUUUUUAAAAUUUC